AUGGGUUGUGCUUAUGCAGCAUCGUCGAUCCAUCCAAGUUCGUUGCAACAAGCUCGCCGGAAAAACCAGGCCACCCGCCACCGUCGCCCGCAAGCCUCUUCCUCCUCCUCCUCGCCUCUCCCGUCGUCGUCCACCGGCGGCGCACCACGCUGCACGCGCACGCGCUCCGGCCGCAUGCGCAGCCAACGUGUCGCCAACGCCGGCCCCCUCGUCCUACGCGGCUACAAAUCCACGGGCCUCCUCCGCUUGCUCGUCAGUCCUCCUCAGCAGAGCAAGGUAAGGUUGCGCUGCUACGCUGUCAUGGAGAUGACCGGGGGCGGGGAAAGGUCGCGGGCGCGGGCGCCGGCCGGCGGGGCCGAGCUCGCAUUGUGGGCGCUGGUGGCGUGCAACGUCGCCUCCCUCGCGCUCCUACUCCGCAGCUACAUCGACAGGCGGCCCCGCCCCGCGGCUGUGUCGCGAGGUCGGGUAGGGGCGGCGCGCAGCAGCAGCAGCCGGCGGACGAGGAGAGCGAGGCGCGGGAGCACGCCGUCGCGCCGGACGCCGUCAUCAACCCCGGUCGUGAUCCCGGGGUGGCAGGCCAUGAGGUACUUCUCCGACCCCAGCGCUCUCUGCUCGUUCAUCGAGCCUGCGUUCGAGCGCGAGGUGCGCCGCCUCCGCCGCCUCGUCGGCAACGCCGUGAUCGACGGCUACCACCUGGUAGUCGGCACCGGAGCCACCCAGCUCUUCCAGACGGCCAUGUACGGGCUUAGCUCGCCUGCCCGCGGGGACGAGCCCGUCGCCGUCGUCUCGCCGGCGCCAUAUUACUCGGUAAGAUCACAAAAACAUAGUGUUACUGCUAUUAUAAUGUGAACUUGUGAAGCAGACAAAUUGAUGACAAAAACAUACGUGCUCAUGAGCGAUUAAC